AUUUAUGGUGAAGACUGUCUUUGUCAACCUAUAGAGCUUAAUCGCAAAAGCAAGAGCAGUGAAUAUCAGCAAGAUUUAACAACUAAACAAUCGUUAGAUUUUUCUUUUGUACCAAAUUUUUCUACAUCAUCUAGUUUACCUAUUAUUAACAAUAAUAAAAUAGUUGAAGUAGAAGCUCCUGUAACAAUAGAAGUUCCUGUAGUUAAAACACCGGAUGUUAUGAAGAAUCAAAUCAAUCAAAUAAGAGAAUUCGUGUAA